AGAGGAGAAAAAAGAAUAAGUGCAAUUGUAACCCGAAGACAAUGGACCUAUUUAUACUAAAACGAUCCUACACAUCUUUGGUAUACAUUCGAUGUGAGACAACAGUUAAUCAAAAUCUAACAAUUAGUCCAUGCCAUGUCAUGACACUACAAUUCCAUUUACAUCAUUGUUUGGCAAGUCAAAUGCACAUUUCUUGUGUGUUUUUAUAUAUACUAGUAUCCACCGUAUUGGACACGGGUUUAAGAAAAAAUAAAGUGAAAUUGAUCUUAAUCUAUUUUUUUUCGCUCGGAUCAUACCUAUUUGUACCGAAUUCACUCAAAUGUGUUAGUUAUUAUCCCAAAAGGAAAAAUGUUCUGAAAAAUGAAUUAAUCUCUAAAAAAAUUAAAUCACACGUCUCAAAUAAGAAUGCCAAUAAUUUUGAAAUAAUACCAUAUCAUGAUGAUAAGGGCCUCAAUGGUCGGCACAAACAGCGAUCCAAGGCAAGCACUCCCCAAAUUAUUAGAAAGAGCCCUCUGGAAGCAGAAUUGGGUGCUCGACUGCAUGCCCCUCAGGUAAUAAAGCGCAAUCACCCUACUAAUGGUCAAAUUAGCCACAUUCCUCAUAACCUCGGCCGUCCAAGCCAGGCUCAAGACCAACGCCAGUAUAAUCAAUGGGGGAACAUAAAAACUCAAAGCUCCAAUCACAGCCAAGAUCCAGAAGGAAAUCCACAGGAACCCUGCCCCGAGCAUCAAGUAAGUGGGAUGGUUUAUGUCCGAGAAUUUGGAAACAGGGUCGAGGGCCUUGAUGAAGACCUUAGAGCAGAAGCUUGUCCUUUCUGGAAACAGACGAGGAGAAUGCCAGCGGCCAGGGUGAAGAAAAAGGAGCUCCAGAUUAUGAAGUGGACCAUGAAUUUGGGCCACACGCGGACUGCCUUCUGCCAGGCGAAGGCGAGUGUUAUGCUGAGGAGGGAUGCAGCUUCAACCUGGGGCAGGAAGUAUUGGAGGACCCUUUGUUCUCGACUCCGGGCCCGGCCCUGCCCGAUCAGGACCUCAACGCCCUUAAAUAUCAAGAACCCGAUGAGCCCGACUGCCAAAACCGUGUGGAGGAUGAAUACGAAGAGGGAGAUCUUGUUUGUGUAUGAUCUUGAGUUGAGUGUGGCCACUGAUGGCUGGAUAUUUAGAUAUAAUAAUCAAAGAACCAAAAACCCCGGCGGCGCUUGGCGAAAGACUCUAGAUUUUGCUGGUGAUGUAACUGGCUACACCUCUCCUAAAGAAUGGAUUUCUUUGGGAGUAAAAUUUCUUCUCCACGCGCCGGCUGAGGUGGUGGUGGCAUCACGCUCCAAUAGCAGUGGAGCUUA